AUGAUUUUGAAUUUAAAAUAUUCAAAGUCCAUUGUUGAACUCUCUAGGCAGAGCACUGUCCUUCAACUUUAUUUUCCACUUGGGUCGAUUGUCUCAUUACAGGCUUUCCUCGGAGGUGAUUUAAGUUCAGAAUUUGAGUUUGAUAGUGAAGAAGACAAGAAGAAAACAAAUAGACAUGAUCUAGCAUCGAAACAACACAAACGAUGUACAGGACUUCCAUCAAAACGUGAAGUAGCACAUGAAUACGACAGAGAAGAAGGAAGAAAUCAAAGAUUCCACAUACUAGGACUAGAUGCUUACUCUCGUCAUAAAAAGUUUGUUAACGAUUAUAUGCUUUAUUAUGGUGGUUCAAAAGCAGAUUUCAAGAGAUCUACUGUGAAUGAUAAGACAGACUUGGAUGUAAUCAGAGACAACCAUAGAUUCCUGUGGUCAGACGAAGCUGCUGACAGUUGGGCACAACAGCUAUCCAAAAAAUACUGGGAUAAAUUAUUCAAAGAAUACACAAUAUCAGAUCUUAGUAGAUACAAAGAAAAUAAAGUAGCUCUGAGAUGGAGAGUUGAGAAAGAAGUGGUGGACGGUAAAGGUCAGUUCAGUUGUGGUAAUAAAAAAUGCACAGAGGAAGAGGGACUGAGGACAUGGGAAGUUAACUUUGGAUAUAUUGAACAUGGAGAAAAGAAAAAUGCCCUUGUAAAACUCAGACUUUGUCCAGAUUGUUCAUACAAGCUGAACUAUCAUCACAGAAGAAAAGAUGUAACAAAACAGGUGAAGAAAAUAAAAGAAAAGACUUCUCAUAAAAGAAAACACAAACAUAAAAGCCAUAAAAAGAAGAAAAGGAGAAAAAAGGAAUCAAGUGAUUCUGAGAGUGGCAGUGAUUCUGAAGCCAGUAGUCAUCCAAGCACAUCCAAGGAUACUACUGAUGUUUCUGAAAAAGAAGCCUGGGGAGGUCCAGUCAAAUUUACAGAAGAGAAAUCAAGAGAGGAAGAGUUUGCAGAUUACUUUGAAGACAUGUUUCUGUAACUGUCUCCAGAGGGCGCCAUAUAUUAUAAAGAUCAAUACUUCCUGAGGGCACACACGAUAUUGUGAACAACGAAGGCACCCAAAGGCUUCAGGUUGAUCAUUAUUAAUUAUUUGUGAUCCAUUAGACAUUCAAAUUGUAAUGUAAAUGUCAUUGUGCAGAAAAGAUGGUGAAAUAAACCCCAAACUUUAGUAAUUUACUAUU